UCUAUCUCUCUCCUGUUCCUAUAUAUACAUUGCAUACCCAAUUCCAUUUUCCCGUCUCUCUUUAUAUACACCCUUCUCUUGCCUUCUCAUUUGCCGCCCCUUUAUCCCUCUCUGUAUCCGUUUUGAGAUCUAACGAGGAGAGGACUUAGAUCUGUGUUUUAAACCCAGAGCGCAUCAGCUUCUGUGGCCUGUUUUUCUUCAUUCUAAUUAGCUUAUACUUUUCUGCUCAUCAAUCAAUCGGAUUUUACAAGUGCUUUCUUGUGUUCUUUGUACCAACUAUGUGGAGGUUUAAACCAUUUACUCAAAAAGAGCCAGCGGGGCUUGAAGGUCGUUAUAUGGAUGUUGGCAAUCUCAAGAUUAAUGUCAGGAAUGCCAUUGCUGAGGGAGGUUUUUCCUGUGUUUACUUAGCUCGAGAUGCUCUGCAUGCCUCAAAGCAAUAUGCUCUAAAGCACAUGAUAUGCAUUGAUGAGGAGUCACUAGAACUGGCACUGAAGGAGAUUAAUGUGAUGAAAUCACUCAAAGGACAUCCCAAUAUUGUCACACUAUAUUCACAUGCCAUCUUGGAUAUGGGAAGGACCAAGGAAGCACUUCUUGUUAUGGAAUUUUGUGAGAAGUCUCUGGUUAGUGUGCUGGAGAGCAGAGGAGCAGGAUAUUUUGAGGAAAAACAGGUCCUUUCCUUAUUCAGAGAUGCAUGCAAUGCAGUUUACGCAAUGCAUUCUCAGUCUCCACCUAUUGCUCACAGGGACUUGAAAGCGGAGAAUCUUCUUUUGGGGCCUGAUGGACUGUGGAAGUUGUGUGAUUUUGGGAGUACCUCUACCAAUCAUAAGCGUUUUGAGAAGCCUGAAGAAAUGGGAAUUGAAGAAGAUAACAUCCGGAAGUACACAACACCUGCCUAUAGAGCCCCUGAGAUGUGGGAUCUGUUGCGAAGAGAACUUAUAAGUGAGAAGGUAGACAUAUGGGCCCUUGGCUGUUUGCUCUUCCGUAUAUGCUACUUCAAAAAUGCAUUUGAUGGGGAGUCGAAGCUACAAAUAUUAAAUGGAAACUAUCGCAUUCCAGACUUACCCAAGUACAGCACACCAGUAGUAGACUUAAUCAGGGAUAUGCUUCAAGCUUCACCAGAUAACAGACCAGACAUCACGCAGGUAUGGUUUCGUGUUAAUGAGCUGUUACCAGUUAAUCUGCAGAAGUCAUUGCCUGAUGGGCCACCUGAAAUGCAGUCUGCUGGAGCACAUGAAGGUACUUCCAAACCUGCAAAUAGGUCACAUCCAAUGCCUCAUAGAUCUCCACCACCUCCUCCCUCUGGGGGAGGGGGAAGUGGGGGACAACUUGGUGCUUUCUGGUCCUCUCAACAUGCAAAGGACUCAUUAUCUGUUGAAAAUGAGAGCAGACCUAAGUUUGAUGAAGAACCUAGUUAUAACACAUUGAGACAUGAUAGGAGUCGAAUGGAGAAUAAUACUUUAUCCAAAAAUGCCAACCCUGCAAAAGAUGAAAAUGCAGAAACUCAUUCUACUAGGAGGAAUGUGCAUGGCAAGUUGCACAUUUCUGAGGAUGGUACUUCCAAGGACUUUGAAAUAAAUUUCUUCCAGAAAGACUUAGACCGUGGCACGGAGAGGCCGAAAGCAUCAAAAAAUGAGAGCACAUCUUUAUUCCAAGAUGAGGCUUUUAAUACUUUUGUUGCUGAAUUUGAUAGCAAUAAUCUGAACUCCAGAGUUGGUAAUAACAAAUCAGUAAAAGAAGAAGAAUUGGAGGCUGAAAUAGAGAGGCUUAGAGAGCAACUGAAGCAAUCAAACAUAGAGAAGGUGGAAAUGACUUCAAAAUAUGAAAAGCUAUCUGCCAUUUGUCGAUCUCAGAGGCAAGAUAUACAGGAGCUCAAGCAAGCAAUGGCUGCUAGAACCCCAUCACCUAAUAAGUAUCAUGCUUCCCCUAAAAUUCAAUCAUCAACAACUCCUAAGAAAGGAGAAUCUGACUGGAGCUCUCCGAGUCCAGAGACUAAGCCAUGGCAAGCAUUUGCGGAGGAUGCCAAAUCACAUCAGCAGCCUCUUUCAAAGGGCAAUAGUCCCCAAUCUGUUAGGACACGAAAUGCAAACCAGAAAAUGCAGGCUGCUCAGGAACCUUCUGAAUUUGAGUCAUGGGGUUUUGGAGCAGAUAGUUUUACGGUUGUUCCUUCUGCCAGCACUCAGAAUUCAAGACCCAUUAAUGAAGGAAAUAGUUCUCAGAACUAUGGUGGGACUGCGAAAAAGGUAGUGGAGAGUAAUCCAGUUACUCAACCUGCUGGAUGGGCUGGUUUCUAGUUCAUGCUACUUCUAGGAAUCUAAAAGGGAAAAUUUUGUCAGAACAAUGAUAUCUUACAUUGCAGCUCUACUGCAAAUGGAUAAGGUAUACAGAGACAUUAAAAAUAUAUGGCUUCGGGGCUUGUCUUGUUGUAUCGAGUGCUUUUGAUUUACAGAUUUACUUUUGCCAUAGAACAAUUGCCCAUUAUUCCCUGGACUAAGCAGCAAACUACAUGUGUAUACUUUUCUCCAUGUCUCAAUUAUUGAGGUAUGCAAUUUGGCUUUUUAUAUUGUCAUUUUCUGAA